UGGCUGCUGCUGCUGCGGGAUUGAGUUGGCACUCUAGAGUAACAGGGGACCGCUGCCGGGCUGACUCAGGGAUCUGGAAGCAGGGGCGAAGCUUUCUCCAUCAAGCUGAAUAGACAGUUUCUAGUGCCUAUUCCACACUCUGCUGCCUGUCUUUGCGUCCAACACUAUAUUUAGAAGGAGGAGGGAGAAAGAAAGAAAGAAAGAAAGAAAGAAAGAAAGAAAGAAAGAAAGAAAGAAAGAAAGAAAGAAAGAAAGAAAGAAAGAAAGGAGAGGAGGGAACUGUUCUUCUUCUGGAGUCAUUACUUUCCAUUCGGAAUAACUCCCAAGCAUCUUGAAUGAAAAGCACCGAUUCCAUAGGUGCCUGUAAAACACUCGACCAUGGCACCCUCCAAUGACUCCACAGCGUCGUCCAAUUACACCACUUACAGCCUGUUCAACAAAUUUGUCCACCUCGAUGGAGAACUGUCGGACACGUUUUAUACCCUGUGGAUAGUGCUGGUGGUGAUCAAUGCCAUCAUUUUCCUGGUGGGCGUGGUGUUGAACUCUUUGGCUCUCUACGUCUUUUGCUUCCGCACCAAGACGAAAACCACCUCGGUGAUCUACACCAUCAACCUGAUCAUCACCGACUUGCUGGUCGGCUUCUCUUUGCCCAUCCGGAUCAUUAUGCACUAUAGCGCCAGGAACUGCCAGAGGUGCGCCCUGGUCCACAUCUUCACCUACUUCGUCAACAUGUAUUGCAGCAUCCUCUUCCUCACCUGCAUCUGCAUCGACCGGUACCUGGCCAUUGUCCAGGUGGAAGCCUCCCGCCGGUGGAGGAACCCCAACUACGCCAAAGGCAUCUGCAUUUUCAUCUGGGUCUUUGCCACGGUGGUCACCUUCUCCAUCCUCACCAUGGCCAUGCAGUUCUCGGAGUGCUGCAUCGCCCAGAUCUUGCCCCUCAUGGUCUGCGAGUACUUCUUCCCCCUUGUCAUCAUCACCUUCUUCACCACCAGGAUCAUGUGUGCCCUCUCCAAGCCGACGCUCAUGCACCAGAGCCGCGAGAGGCGGAUGAGGGCAGUGCAGCUCCUCAUCACGGUCCUCAUCAUCUUCAUGAUCUGCUUCACUCCUUUCCACGUGCGCCAGCUGGCCAUCUCCAUCAACCCGGCCAUGCCCAAUGACAUCAGCUUGGUCGUCUACCACGUGACCGUCACCUUGAGCAGCCUCAACAGCUGCAUGGACCCCAUCGUCUACUGCUUUGUCACCAACAACUUCCAGUCAACCAUGAAGAACAUCUUCAGGAAGUCUGAGCCUGAGCAGACCAGUGGAGACAUCAUCAGCGUAAACAAGGGCUCGGGCUCAAAUGCCAUAAUGGCCUUCUCAAACGCUGUAGGGACCCCUUUGGCCCUGCCCUCACCAAAAAGUACAGCAAGCUCCUAAAGACUGGUACGUCCCCAUGUACAUUGUUGUAAAUGUCAGAAUAUGUGACACUAUUCUCUUUCCUAAGAGUAAUUUAGACCAUCACAUUGACCUUCAUCAAAUAUGAAGCAACACUCCAUGGGUUCUCCAGUGGCACAUCUGUUCAAGAAUGGCAGGCUGGUUUUCUCUUGUGGGAAUUAUAUGGUGAGGUCUCCACUUCAUUGCCAGUUCCUGGGUUUGCACCCCAGGACGGAGUCUGCAUCCCGACUUUGCAGCACCAGCUCCCUCAACCUGGGAACCACAGAGCAAAGGACACUCGCAGCUACAUAUUUUGGCAGGUCUGUCCACUUCUCCACAAUCACUUGGAGAGAACUUGAAACACAGAAGGGUGUUAUGGGUUUGUUUUUUUUGGGGGGGGGGUUCAGAUGCCACUGCUAUAGACAGUUUCAACUAUGACAGAAGGAAAUGUUAACAAUGGGUGCUUCCAGACUAUUGCUAUGUUCAAGUGGAAUUCAGCCAUGGACCAGCAAAUUUCAGUUGAUUUGGCACUCUUAUGCAGCAAACCCACUUUUCUCUCCAAAAUCGUUAGUUUUAUGCAAUAAGGAGAUUGAUGGGAAAAUGCAGUGGAGAGUGUGAGAUAACAAUGGUUUUAUGCGAUGUUUGUACAAUCGCCUCACAAACAAAUCAGAAUGGAUGCUCAAUAAACAGUCACUGUGGUCUCACCAUCCGACAAACUUUGCACAAAUAUAUCAGAAUGGAUGUUGUCUGUAAGCAACCAAUGAUUUGGAACUUUGAAGGAUAAUAAUAAAGGAGAUGAACAAUUUUGAGAAAUUGGUGGUGGCAUUAUUAUUAUUAAUGUGUAUACCAAUGGAAUGCA